AUGUGCCUUUUUUGUUUUUAUUAUUUAUUAAACCUAGGUUUGGCAUCAAAAACAUUUCUUUUCUUUUCUUUUCUUUUCUUUUCUUUCUUCUCAGUAAUGGAAGAUAAUCACCCCAAUAGUCCAGGCCACCAUGGCACUGAGAGAAGUGAACCAGUGAGGUCAAGGUGGACUCCAAAGCCUGAGCAAAUCUUGAUACUUGAGUCCAUCUUUAAUAGUGGAAUGGUAAACCCACCAAAGGAUGAAACUGUGAGAAUAAGGAAACUUCUUGAGAAGUUUGGUUCUGUUGGUGAUGCCAAUGUUUUCUACUGGUUCCAAAACCGAAGGUCAAGAUCUCGCCGACGGCAACGCCAGAUGCAAGCUACCCUUGCCGAAGAGCAAAGAAAUCAACAAGCUCAAGCUAGUGCUAGUGUAAUUCAAUAUGAAGGUGGUUCUGGUGGUGGUAGCUCAUCUUCCCUCAUGGGGUUUGCAAAUUCUCCUUCGUUUGCUGUAUCUCCUUCUUAUCUUGUGGGUUCCUCCUCUUCCUGUGGAGUUGUUGGUCAUGGGGAUGGUGUAGAGAGUCUAUUUUCAAUCCCUAAUCAAAUGGGUUUUCAAGAAAUCGAGCAGGGUUCUGGUAUAUCUUCAAUUUUAUGCCCAUCACAAACAUCAAAUUUGCACUACCAAGCUGCAGGGUUCAUCACAGUUUUUAUUAAUGGAGUGCCAACAGAAGUUCCAAGAGGGCCACUGGACAUGAAAGCAAUGUUUGGUCAAGAUGUAAUGUUGGUCCAUUCCUCUGGUCUACCUGUACCUUCUAAUGAAUAUGGGUUUUUAAUGCAAAGCUUGCAGCAUGGUGAAAGCUACUUCCUGGUUUCAAGACCAACAUGAAUUGGUAUUAAAGCUGCAUCAAGAAAUGGGCGCUUCCACUUUGUUGGCCUGCAGCAUAUGCUAGGGCCAGUAUUUUACUAUGAAAUAUAUAUGGAACCACCACCCAACAAAAAAAAAAAGUGCAUUGGCUUUUCUGUUUUUAAUUUUUCUGUUCCUCUCUUGUUAAUUUCACAGGAAGCUUCCCAAGCUCAGUAUAAUUUACAGAAACCAUGUGUCAGAAAAGACAAUCUGUCGACUGGUUUAAAUCAUUAGAUAUAAGAAGGAAAUACUUUUUAUACUUUA